AAAAUGUACACCAUUGCUAGUAAUAGUCCGUUGUUAAUAAGAAUAAGAAGGUGAUUACUGGGUUGACUUUUUUGACUUGACUUUUAGCAAUUUGGUGAAUGAUUUGGGCAUCAAAACAUGUCAAGGGCAAAAAAGGAAAAGGAGUGGCAAAGAAAUACUGGGGUUCUGAAGCAGGGCGAUGCAAUGGCUUCUGUAGACGCUGCUGCUUCAACGACGCCAGACAGUGGUGACCAUCCCAGUCCCGAUUCGCCUCAACUUCAACGGCCGUCGAAGGUUCCAAGGAUUGAGGAACAAGUUAUGAACCCACCUAGACCCGGAUUGCAGAGAUACUUGGUCGCAUUUGAGUAUAUUGGUACCCGUUUCUUCGGUUCCCAACAACAAACCAAUCAGAGAACUGCUGUUGGUGUUCUUCAGGAAGCGUUUCAGAAAUUUGUGGGGCAACCUGUUUCAAUCUUCUGCUCUAGCCGAACGGAUGCUGGAGUUCAUGCCUUGUCAAAUGUUUGUCAUGUUGAUGUUGAACGCGUUAGUAAGAGGAAACCAGGUGAAGUGUUACAACCGCAUGAACCUUCUGUUGUCAGAAGAGCCGUGAACCACUUUUUACAGAAAGAAGGUGACAUCAUGGUUAUUGAUGUAUGCAGUGUUUCCUGUGAUUUUCAUGCUAGAUAUAAGGCCCAAGAGCGCACGUAUUACUAUCGCUUGCUGUCAGGUCCUGAAUCAUUGUCAACAUUUGAGAGAGAUCGGGCAUGGCAUGUUCCUGAGGAGCUGAAUCUUCAAGCAAUGCAGGAAGCGUGCAAAGUUCUUGUAGGAAAUCAUGAUUUCAGUUCAUUCAGGGCUGCUGGUUGCCAGGCUAAUUCACCUGUUAGGACAUUAGAUGAGCUUCAUGUUUCCGAGUUAUUUAUUCCAUUUUUUCCGUGCGUUGAGAGAGAGCCUAGUAAUACUGGUGUACAGGACUCAUUCAAGUGUGCAAAUAGUCCAGAUGACAGUCUAAAAGAGACUAAUGGCUCAUGUCAUGAAUUUGGAAUUAGGAGAGGACACCGCUGCUUAGUAGUUAAAGCACGUGCUCGCUCUUUUCUGUAUCAUCAGGUGAGAUUGCUUGUUGGUGUUCUCAAGUGUGUUGGUACAGGUCAUCUAACAGUUGCUGACGUGGAAAGGAUCCUCAAUGCAAAAACUGUGACAGCUGCAAGUCCGAUGGCUCCUGCUUGCGGGUUAUACCUUGGGCGUGUAAAGUAUGAUCUUUGAUCAAGAUGAUAGUAAAAUGCUUCUCGCUGGAACCCUGUAUGAUCCUGAUGCAUCUAGCAGACAUUCUCUUGGAAAUUUUUAUAUUGCAGAUUCCGUCAUUCCUUCAUUGCUGUCGAGAUUAUUUACAGUGCACCGACGUCUCUAAUAGGGUGUACGAGGGCCUGUAUAUUAGGUAGGGCAUGUUGAAGGAUUAGUCAUUUUGAUGUAUUGCAUUAGAUAAAAUGAAAUUUGCUCUGCCCUGUCUUUAGGUUUGUUGGUAUUAAUUAUUAAAUAUUAUCAUCA